AAGUCCAGUCCCAGCAAUCAGGACAAGGAAGUUUGGUGUAAUGUGGUUUUUUCAGCUGUGGAUUUGCUGCUGCUUGAUUGCUAAUAUGGAACAGACUCAGAAUAUGUCAAAAACAUUAUGAACACAAGACCUUCUGGGCAAAGACUUUACCAAUUCCCAUCAAUUAGAUAAAGGCCACAAAAUCCAUCACCAUAAAUCAUGUUGGGGAGAAAGCUGGUGACAGCACAGAAAAGAGGGGAGACCAGAGCACUCUGCCUGGGCUUGGGAAUGGUAGCAUGCUCAGUGAUAAUGUAUUUCUUUAUCGGAAUCACCAUUGUACCCUUAUACAAUAAAAGUGUCUGGACCAAUAAAGGUGUAUGCGAACUGAAAAAUGCCAGCAUCAAGGAACAGCAGCACUGUUCAUUCAAUGAUGGCUCCAGUGAUGAAAAUAAGUUUCAAUAUCCUUGUCUGGACAUCAUGGUCAAUUUGACACCUGUCGGGCAGGUGGUAAAGCUUUAUCACCAGGAGGAGACUGUGUUCAGAAAUCCCGAGUGCUCCUACAUCCCCCCGACUCUGAAGAAUUAUACUGCAGUGCAAGAGAAUGUAGAAGAAGUAAGACAAAAUUUCACAAAAGCCCAGGUGUUUUAUUGUUAUUAUGACCCAUCAAGACAAGAAGCCACUGUCCUUUUAUACAGAAAUUAUCUUCCAAAGUUCCUUUUCUUCACUUUUGUCUGGCCAAGUCUGAUGUUGAUUGGUGGAGUCCUGAUUAUUGUCCUGGUGAAAAUAAGUCAGUAUUUUUCUAUACUCUUAGCUCCACAGUACAGAACAGGUAUAUAGAAUGUCCCAAUGUUUGCCUGUACCUUACAUUCACAUCUGUAUCCAAGACAAGCUGUGAACAAUUUCUGAAGUUUAUUCACUGUGAAGUAACAAGGUAGGAAGCUUAAAGGAGACAUGGAUAAGAUUCAGAGCUGGAGGCCAUCCAAAUGAGACACAUUAUUACUGUACUGCUUUUGAUCAGAUAAGACUUGCAGAGUCAGCUUUUGUUCAUAUUUCAAGUUCUGAAUUGUUCCAUGAUCAGAAAGCUGGGCAAGGAAAUUGGCUAUAUUCUCCAUACACUACUGUUGAAACUGUGGGUACUCAGAACAUUUUACAGAUUGAACGCACCAAUUAUUUUGGGUCAAUUCAGCACAAACAUCCAUGUAAGCAUAGGCACGAGUCCUUCAUUGUACACUAUGAGGGCUAGAUUUUAAAAUUAAUUAAUAUGACAAAAAGAAGCUAUUUAACAUAAUGUGGAAAAUGGAAUAACAUUCACGUCCAGCCA